CUGGCGAAGCACGGCCAACGGUGAAGCUGAAUCGUGCAAAGAGAAGAACGAUCUCCCUCACAGUCAGACCUCAUGGCUCAUGAGAAGAAGCGCGAAGCUGUAUGACAAGGGCAGAGAACGUGGUGAUCCUAUCCGACAGCCCCCACAAGAAGCCUGAACACGACGAUUGACACCAGUUUGAGUCUGCAGGUCUCAAAGAUCAGGAAAACGCGCACAAUGUCGCACAUGACCCUCCCAUCCGACCUGCCCGUCCCAAAGGACGAUCACAAAGCCUCUCAUCUGAUGGGACAUCCUCUUCCCUUUCUCCCUUCUGGUCUACAAAGCACCUCCGCUGCCACCUCCUCCUGCACUCAAAGUCCCUCCUCCGUAGACCUCUUCCAAGCAAGUCUUCAAAAUCCCGUUCUGCUCUUCAUCUAUCCCAAGACUGGUCAGCCAGGCAAGAAUGUUCCGCAAGAGUGGGAUGCUAUACCGGGAGCGAGAGGCUGCACACCUCAUCUGUGCAGCGUGAGGGACUCCAUAGACGCUCUCAAAAUAGCAGAGCCUGA